GACUGAGAACCUUCACAGACACGUCGCGUUGUGAAACAUGAAGGGACCUCCUGCUGGAGUCGGGCGAGGGCGUGCGCAUGCCCGCCGCAUGGUGCUGGCGUCGUGAGCGCGCCUCGUGCUGCUGCUGCUGAUGGAGCUUCACUGAGCACAGAGAGUGGCCGCCGUGUCGAGGAGGAGGAUGAAGAGUGAUGAACAGAGUGUCGACCCUACAUGACUGAUCGGAUCGCUGCACGCGCGAGGCGACCGUCGGCGUCAUCAAUCGGCGCGCAGAGUCCAGCUGAUGUGAGGCUGAGCGCGAGCCGCAGCGGGAGACAAUCAGCUGAGCGGCACCUGGACGUUGUGACGGAGGAGCUGCAGGUCAGGAGCGCUGAAGACUGUUUGCCUCCCUCUUCAGGCCCAUUUUGGAACUGCAGCUUCACCGUCAGCUAACAGCUAACCGAGCAGUGAGAUGCCCAAUUAGUGAAGCGGUGCUGUGGUUUGUGUUCUGACUGUUGGAUGGCCACAGGAGUGAACUACUGGAACUCUUAUGAACCCAGUCGCAAGGUGAGAGAGAGUGUGUGGGGAGGUGAACAGGAGUCGAGUAGUGAGGAAGGAGGAGGUGGAGAGGGCAUAUGGGACACACAAGCCAUGGAGGUCAAAGGUCAACUCAUCUCAGCACCUGACCCUCUCACCUGCCCAGACAGGAAGCAGAGAGAGCGAAUGGUGGAGCUACAGGAGAGGAGGCGGAGUCUCCAGGCGCUGCUUAGCAGCCGAUUGGCUGAGCUGAGACGCAUCUGUCUGCAGGAAGCUGAGCUGACGGGUGCAGUGCCCAGUGAUUUCCCCCUGGAGGCAGGGGAGAAGCCCCCCUGUGUUCGUAGGAGAGGUGGGACGUCCCGCCAGGGAAACAGGAAGUGUCGAGUAGAGGAGGAAGACGCUCAGCGUUCGAAGCCGAAGAAAAAUUUAUUCAGCGGAGCUCUGAGGAAACACAGCGACUCUGAGCACAACGCACACACGCAGACACACACACACCACGGGAAGAGGACUGUCCACAGAGGCUGCCACACAGACGACACAGUGAGGUCAGAGAGCAGCUCGACAUCAGACUCAACAGGACACGACAAUGAUGACGGUGUGUCUCAGUGUCGCCCCCUGCUGGUUUCUUCUGGGUCUCCGGUGGAGGUUUUCUAUCAGAACAGAACCAGGAGGAACUCCGUGCACAGAACUGAGCAUCUGGACAGCCAGAAGCCCCUCCCACUGCCUCCCUCACAACCUCCUCCCCCUCCCCCUCCCCCUCGCUCUCAGGACUCCUCUUCCUCUGGCCCGUCUGACCCUGGAGCAGGAGGGGAGGUAGGACUCAAGGCUAAUGCAGCUCGCCGUAGUAACAGCUCUGAUGGCCUCCUGGACCGCAUCACCCCUCCUGAGGAUGAUGUUGGGGUGCAGCAGGGGGGAUUGUGGGUAAAUGGGCUGCCGGGGUCCAGAGGAACAAGCACAGCCGGUGCGUAUUGGAACUCAGAGACGUUGACAGACGGACGGUCGAGGGCAAAUAAUGGAGUCAGCGAUGGGAGAGGAAAAGGGGGAGGUGCAGGGCGAGGAAGGGGAGGAGGAAGGGGAGACAGAGGAGGAAGAGGAGCGGGGUACAGCGAUGUCCUGCUGGACUAUGUUUGGGGAAAACAGCAGCAGCUGCAGAGACAGCAUUCUCAGCCCCACAGACAGCCAAUCACAUCGCAGCAGCAGGUAGUCUACAAUGGCUACUCCCAGCAGCCAUCAGGAGCCCCGCCCACCUACCGCGGCCCCCAAGGCGACCAGCGGCGGGUCACGGUAACCCGAACCAAAUCGUGCGGUCCGUUCCUCCCGGUGCAGCAGAUCCAGACUGAUACCCACAAUCCCCCUCUGGUCGCCAUUCAGCCUGACCCCCACCCCCACCUGCUGCCACCCCGACCCCCUCAGCUGCCCCCCAACCAGGACUCCCAACUGGAGGAGGCCACCAGGAGCCUCCACAAGGCCCUCGCCCUGGAAGGUCUGAGGGACUGGUACCUAAGGAACACCUUAGGCUCCUCCCACCAGAACCAGGCCAAUGGAAAGGUGACCGCAGGGACCAACGGCAGUAAGAUGAAUGGAGGGGUCAAAGGUCAGGCGGGAGGAGGCGGGGCUCUGCAGCGAAGACGGACGACACACGGUGUCAUUCAGCAGUCGGCUUAUCAGACGGACACGAAUCAUCAUCAUCACGCUGCGCCGCAUCACAAACACACGCUGCCGCAUUCAGCCACGUUCCACGGACACCCGCUGCACGGCAGGUCUGUGGAUGGCUCGCUCUACCACGACUCGUUCCCUGCUCAGAAACAGGAAGUCCCUCUCAGAGAUCCGCCGAUGGACCAACCGUCUCCUGGGACUCUGGUCUGACUCAGCAACCAAUCACGAUGCUGAGAGGCAGGCAAAGGGACUAAUUCCAGGCUGGCUUCCUGGGAUGAGCAGUAUGAAGGAAUGCGUGUCCAGGUGUCUGAAUCAAACACACCUUGGUACUGAUGAAUGGAAGUUCCUGAUCGUACAGGAUGGAAAACCCCGCCUGCCUCGUCCUCGUCUGCCCUCAGGGUCGAGCUUCUGUUUGUAAAAAUGAACCAAACCCCAGACCAGGUCCAAGGAGGGAGGAGGUCCAACCCUCCUCCCACCUUGGACCUGCUCCUCGCUGCUUGGGUCACUGCUGCUCUGCUCGGUGAACUUCUUCUAUCAGGGAUGGACUUUAAGUCAACAGCUGCUUUUCCACCAAACUCUCCAGAAACAUCAGUUCUACUAGGAACUAAUGACAGGAAAAAGUUCCUGCAGCAAUCUGUGUUGCAAAGAAGAAGAUUGAGCGAUUUCCUCUGACAGUUGUCCCCUGCAGGCAUUAAAGUCUGGAUUCAGAAAGUAAUCUGUCUCGUUCUGCUUCGCCCUGAUUACUGCCACCAAAAGUGUCAUCUGCUGUGGAAGAUGCUACAUUUCUGGACUAAUUAGAGAUGUUCACAUGCACGACCUGCCCUGAGAUUUCUCAAGCUAUCCUAACGGCUACUUCACUCUGAGGGAUUUUAGUUUCUAACAUGUAAGCGACGUAAAUGGUCGUGGCCAAAUCUUUGGUUCUCUUCGCUCAAUGGAGUCGCAGUUCUCAGAGAAACGAACUCAGCCCGAUGAUCAGUGGCCAAAAGCAGCCGUAACUGUUCAGAAAGGAAGGUCCGGGUUCCUACGGUGGCAUCAGACUGAUGCUGAAACACCAGCCACAUGCUGUACGCGUCUUUUCCAAAUACAUUUUAAGAUUUAUUGUUAAAAGCUGCAGAUGGACGAGCCGAAGACGAUUCUCUGCUUUUGUGGAAGUCGUUAUUUCUCAGGCGUUCAGAUUGAAGAUGGAGAUACGGCGUCUCUCACAGGUUCCUGUUUCUGGGAUAGCUAGAACAAAGACUUCUGGAGUCCUUUCAGAGAUGCAGCCAUUUUCUGAAAGGUUUUAGAUUAAAGCAGAAACUGAACAAGGUGUCCGUGGCUCUGUUCCUACACCCUUCAGACUGUGCUUAGACAAUCAGACUCUCAAAACACCAACGAGGAGGACGUACCUCCUCUGAAGACAGAUGACAUCACCAGCUACCUGCAGCCAACCAGCAAAGCGCAAAAAGAACUUUUUGGUGACUUGAUCAGGUGACCUGUCGAUCCCUCAGGUGAGUCCAGGCAGGGAGCGUCGCGGUGAGGUUCUCCAGCGUUCUCCCGGUUUGGACUCAACAUCUCUGCACUAAAACUCGAGCACAGAGUUUACUGACACCAGCUGAACUGUCGCUGCUGCUGUUUGUGGCUUUAAGCAGCUGCAGAGCCCUCGAGUAGAAACCAAACGUGAACAGAAUAAAUCCUCUGAAGUAAACGGAGCUUCCCACCUCACUGCUGCAGAGGGACUCACAGAAGCUGACGUACUCACGAGCCUUUCCUCCGAAAAGGGAAAUAUUUUCUGUACGCGUUAAUUUAUCUGACAACUUUAGAUACUUGGAAACGAGGAUGCUUGCAAACGGGACACUUUAAAAGCCGAUACAAACUGCUGAAAGGUUCAUUUGGUUUCUCGACUUUUUAACCGAGUCGAAGGAUUUGAAAUGUGAAUAUCUGACACUUUGCAUUUUAGUAAUUCACUUCGAAUCAUUUUAAGGUUUGGAUAGUUUGUUGGUUUCCACUGCAGGAACACCGGAGAGGUUUUAUGGUAAAGUUUUUAAAUUUAGCAGCACUUUGCAGUGAGAAAUUACAAACGCAGAAAGUUUAUUUUUAUUUUAACCCCUGGCAGCUGUUUCUUAUCAAAGAGCCAUUUUCACACAUGCAACUCACACAGCUUUACUAUGACUCCAGCCCAUGUCCAGCUCAGUCAGAUCACAAAUAAACCAGUAUUUAAUUCCCGAGUGCAAAGUCGACGCUUUAGCCGAUGCAUGAAUCCUGGUGCAUCGUGGCCUCCGAGCUGCCCAUUCCAGGCAGUUUAACCCCAGAGAGUAAUUUACAAAUGUGACAAAGGAAACUUAAACUCUUGUAGUCUGAACCUAGAAUUUGAACGACUAGCACAUAUUUUGUCAGAACCACACCUGGAAGACUCCUUUCAGGGCAAAACAAAGGCACAUGGUCGGUAAACGUCUCCUUUAGGGAAUGUGCUUGAGAUGGCCCACAAUGAGUGGGGCUCUAUGGCGCUCUUCCACAGGUCACUGGAUCCUUUUUAGAAAUGUUAAAGGUGAAGUCUUCAGUUUAUCAUUAGACAUCAGUAGAACACCAAGACAUCACAGGCAUCCCCUCAAAAUGUUCAACUACUGUUCCUAUAAAAAGCAAAAGACACUAAUUAAGUUUGGCUGCCAUCCCCUUUGGUGAAGGCUUCUCUCAUUUGUUUCCAAUACUCUUUUCUAUGGAGCUGAAACUUUGGAUUGUGGUAAAAUAUCUUUUUUUUUUUAGUUAUUAGGUGUUCGGCAGCCUCCUGAGAUGAGUCGCCUUCAUGCACCACAAACAGCUGCUUCUAGAUUUUCAUAAGGUCUUAACAGACCAGUUGGCACACAUUAGCAGAGUGACAGCUGAGAAAGUUGUUUGCAUUUGUGAAAAUUACAGAAGAAGAGUUAAUAAAUAUUUAAGCGAUUUGGCUCCGGUGACUCCCAUUCAUUGAGGGUUUUGCAUUAACAGGAAGUGUAAAGGCUCUUUGUUGAAUGAGGCACCAAUUCAAGGAAAAUACCCCACAGCUACCUGUAGUUCCUGCACUGGAAACCCCUCCCCAGUUUUUGUUGUUCAUGUUUUUUUAAACAGUGAAUCCAGAUUAUGAUCAGCAGAUGAAUCCAUAAUGAAACAGUCAUCAGCUGCGACACAGUUUAUUCUCGCAGAAAGACGAAAAUAGUCACAUCUAAGGGAACCAGGAGUUGUUUGAUCAGACACUCGAUUGAUUAAGAGGGAUCGCUUUGGAGGUUUCUGUAUUUGUGGUUUAAAUGAGAUCCAGAUGUGGAGAAACAGCAUCAGCAGCUGGAAAGCUGCAAGAACCACUCAGACCUUCUGCCCCAUUCGGAGCCCUCAGUGAAGCCAUUGUCCUGCUGAGCUGACCGGGACUCCAAGUCCAGGACGACUGAAGCAAUAAGAGGAGCUGUUCCAAGUUUCCCUUUGCAAAUUUUAUCGCUCUUUCAGGAAAAAAAAAAGCAUUUGCAGCGACAAUCAGGAAAUGUCACAGUCGUCACAGUAGUGACUGUUUAAUCGAUGAAUUUGAAUUUAUUCUGUUUUUUUCUUUUGUUUUUUUGGUACUCUGCUCCA